AAUAAAAAAUCUCGCACGACAGCUCGGACAAAACUAAUCUCAGAACAGUUCAAGACAGUUGACCCAAAGGCAACAUUAGCUGAGAUAGAUAAACAUUACACCUUUCUCACGCACAAUUAAAGAAGAGCAAGCACGUCGACAAGAUAAAAUAAUGCUGAUUAAUAAGAUGCAAGGUAGUAAUAAUAAACCACCUUGCAGGGGACUUCUCAUAUGUAUCUACCUGGCAACAGCAGCUCAAGGAAGCGACACGCUGUAUCAAGUGAAAAAAUUCACCCAUCAUCCGGGGAUCUACUAUGAGAAAAUAGGUAGUUCGACCAAUAGAAUCGCAAUGGAAACUAAUAAUUAAGAUAAACACCGCGUCUUUAUCAAAAAGACUGACGCAAAUUGAAAAAUAUGUACAAAAAACUGACAACUUAUGUAGAAUCGACUGAUCCUGCGAAUAACUGACACAUAUAAGACGCCGACAGUACAAAAACGAGGACUGAUCGACGGAGUAGGCUCAAUAGCCAAAUCGCUAUUCGGUACAAUGGACGCCGACGACAAAAAGACAAUUGACGAACAACUCGCAAUACUACAUGACGCACAACAGUCAUCACAGCACGCAGUAAAAAACCAAUUAAAAAUAAUACAGGCAACUAUAGCACACAUCGACGAGACAGAAAAAACAGUACAACAUAACGAGUACCUCCUCGCGAACGCGACCAAAAAUCUCAAGCUAGAACUACUAGAAAGCGAACGCGCAAACAACAUACAAUCGAAUUUUAUAAUUAUUAGCACCGUACUGUCAGAAUUAACUCGCGAUGCGGAAGACGUCUUAGAUUACGUCACCCUAUUAAAAAGGGGUAUGAUGCACCCCAGACUAACGCCUAUAGACCAUAUUAUACAACUGCUUAAAGACGCGAACUCUCAACUCCCGGAAGGACUCUACUUUCCAUUUAGAGCGAACCAGGAAGAAUGGUCAACUAUUGAACAAUUCGUACUUGUAAGCGCAUACUGCGACAUCGUAAAUAUAUACACGAUUUUGCGUUUUCCAUUGAUAUCGACGUCAAAAUACGAAAUAUUAAAUGUGAUAGCACUACCUGUGCCAGAACAUAAUAACACAGUCUCUGUAAUAGACAUCAGGUAUCCGACCAUAACGAUAGACGGGGAUCAGCACACGUAUAUAAUCUUACCGCGCAACGAUUUACAAAAUUGUAUGAAGAUAAAUAAAGAUUACCUAUGCGAGCGAAAUUAUCCUGCGAACAGGAUUAAUCCACACUCCGUGUGUGAAGUCAAAACGUUUUUAGAAACCGAUAGGUAUCACGAAAAUUGUAACAUUAAAAACAUAGUGUCUAACCAUAGUUUUUGGAUAGCCUUAGGCGACUCGCACUCAUGGCUAUAUUCCGUACAGGAAAAACAAACUGUAACAUUUUACUGUAAAGACCACGGACAGAUAAAGGAAGUGAUUGAAAAAACGGGUAAAAUAACAUUGAAGAACAAUUGCAAAUUAAUGACGGAAGACACGAUAAUAAAGUCUCCUAAGUUAUCACACAGUACAGAAAUAGAAACAUUUUUACCACAGUACAAUAUUUCUAUACUAAAGAACGAAACAAAGCUAAACAUAAAUGCAGUGCAACCGAUAAAAUUACAAAACAUUGUCCUACAUUCCUCAAAGUUAGAGGAAUUAAACAAACAAAUUAUCGAAAUGGACAAAAAAUUGAAUGAACAAUCGAAUACAAUUUUUCAAUCACCACACUUUAUCUAUCCAACGGCUACCAGCGGAACAGUGAUUGUAAUAAUACUAACAAUAAUAAUAACUGUUGUUGUAAUAAAAAAGAAAAAGAGAAACAGCCAUGAGAAGCGAGUCACACUAGACAUAGAUGCGGAAUAUACAAUUCCCAGAUCUAUUUUAAAGCGUAGCAACAGCACGCGUUUUUAAUUAAAUAUACAAAAACCUCGUACCUCCGUUUUUGUUUUUUCAACGGGGGAGGGAUGUUGUGAGC